AUGUCGCAGUGCGAUGGUCAAGCAAUCUCGUUUCCAGUCUCCCUAGUAAUUGUGACGGACGGCAUUCCGAAGAAAAGGAUCAUUGACCAUGUUUUUUUAUCGGUUUGGAUAAUAACAAAAGCAAUAACAGAACUUGCUUUGUUCCGUCGACCGUUGAAAGUCGUUAGCCUUGGUUCUUCGGCCUGGGCUCAGAGAUAUCGGAUUGAUGUCGAGGCCCAGGAACAGACAGAUAGCUAUUUCAUCAAGAUAUCAUUUGGGGAUCAUGGCAGGGAAGCCCUCAAGGGAGAAUCCGAAUCUACUUUGGCAAUCCAUAGCAUAGUUGGAAGCUUCACUCCCAGGCCAAUCAAAUGGGGAUCCUUCAAAGCUCUUUCAGGUGCACAUUAUUAUCUCUGUCGUUUCUACGACUUUGCGGAACAUGCUCCUAAACCAGCAGAGUUUUGCCAGAAUAUCGCCUUUCUCCGUUCGAGGAGUGAUUCGCCAAGCGGCAAAUUCGGGUUUCACCUUGUGACAUACAACGGCGACCUGCCUCAGGAAAAUGGCUACACUGACACGUGGGAGGAAUUCUUCACAAUCGGAUUUAGGCACAUGGUAAAUAUGAACAUAGAACGCGGUGGGCCGUGGCCUGAGCUGGAAGGCCUAGACACUGCUAUGAUUGACAAAGUGAUCCCCCGCUUGUUAAGGCCAAUGGAAACAGGAGGGCGGUCCAUCAAGCCAUCCCUCGUCCAUGGAGACCUGUGGUGCGGAAAUGUCGCAGUCGAUUCAGCCACAGGGCGGCCGUUGAUAUAUGAUCCUGCGAGCUUUUAUGCGCACAAUGAGUACGAAUUGGGCAAUUGGCGUCCUGAGCGAAAUGGGUUUGACAGAAGCUUCUUUGAUGCCUAUCAUUCAAUUAUUCCAAAGACUGCCCCAAUAGAAGACUACGAUGACCGGAUUGCGCUGUAUUCAUUGCGCUUUAAUCUACAAGCCGCGGCCCUCUUCCCCGAGGAUGCUAGCUUUCGAAACUCGGUAAUUGAAGAAAUGAGACAUCUGGUUGCAAAGUACCCGGGAGGCUAUGAGGAGUACGCCAGGAUGUCCUCUGUCGGCUUUGCCAUCUUUCAGAGUGAAGAUGGCAACGGAAGCGUCAAGCAGGAGCUUCUACAAGCCCUGCACUGCGGCUACAGACACAUAGACACCGCUACUGCUUAUAGAGAUGAGAUGGAGGUCCGUGAAGUCAUCAAGGGGAAUGGGUUUCUCGAGAAAGAGAUAAUUGUCACCACAAAGCUGUCGGCGUGGCACCGUGUUUCCGACGUCAAGAGAGCCCUCGACCUGAGCGUAGAGAGGCUGCAACUGGAAUAUAGUUUUUCUACGCAGCUGCAUAGAAUAUCAGGGCAUUUCCCCAUGCAUAGUCCUGGACCGGAUAAGAACACAAUCCGUCAUUCUAAUGGAAAGGUACAUACCUUGAAUUAUCCAUCGACCUGGACAGCCAUGGAGAUACUGGUCGAUAAGGGAAAUGCAAAAAUAUUUGGGUUCUCCAACAUCAAUAUCCUAAAGCGGAAAAGACUUCUCGCGUCAGCUAUGAUUCCUCCUGCAGUCAACUGGAUCGAGCUUCACCCGUAUUUACCCCAAGUUGAGCUUGUGGACGUCUGCAAAACUAAGGGCAUUCACGUCACCAGCCACUCGGCGGCAAGCCACGAUGCAGAAGUAGGUCCUCCCAAAAUGCCUGUGACAAUUACGGAGACUAAUAGCUACAAGGUAGCCGAAACAGCGGCAAAGAAUGGGCUUUCGCCAGCCCAAACCAUACUAUCCUGGAUCGUCCAACAAAACAUAUCAGUAAUCCCCAAGACCGUCCAGGAGAGGAGAAUGGUAGAGAACCUCGACCUGAAACAAGUACCAAAUGAAGACAUGGCAGCAAUAUCCAAUAAAUCAAGAAAGAAAGGAGAAGUCCGCUACCUCAAUCCAAAACACCACAUUGGCUUCGACAUCUUCGACGAGCAACACGACCAGCCAGUGCAGGAAUGA